UUCAUCGAUCGGCUUGCCUCCAUAGUCAUGGCUGCCGUCGUCUUCCUCGUGGUUCUCAGUGCCUUGUGCUCGUUCACGGGGCUUGAGCUUGCCCAUGCACAAGACGCUCCCAUAACAAGGCACUACAAAUUCAAUAUAAGGAUGAAGAAUGUGACGAGACUGUGCGUGACAAAGCCAAUAAUCACGGUGAAUGGGCAAUACCCAGGCCCCAGGAUCGUGGCAAGGGAAGGGGACAGGGUCAUUGUGAAGGUGGUGAACCAUGUCACCAACAAUAUAACCAUUCAUUGGCAUGGGAUCCGGCAGCUGCGGAGCGGGUGGGCAGAUGGACCUGCCUACAUAACGCAGUGCCCAAUUCAAAGCGGGCAGAGCUACACCUACAACUUCACCGUCACAGGGCAGAGGGGAACCCUCUUCUACCACGCCCACAUCUCCUGGAUCAGGGCCACCGUCCAUGGCCCCAUCAUCAUCCUCCCCAAGCGUGGCGUCCCUUACCCCUUCCCCAAACCCCACAAGGAAGUCCCCGUUCUGUUUGGAGAAUGGUGGAACAACGACACUGAGGCCGUUAUUCGCCAAGCUCUGCAGACAGGUGGGGGUCCCAAUGUUUCCGAUUCAUACACCAUCAAUGGUUUGCCAGGAUUCCUCUACAAUUGCUCUUCUAAAGACACCUUCAAGCUGAGAGUGAGCCCGGGAAAAACAUAUCUCCUUCGCAUAAUCAACGCUGCUCUCAAUGAUGAUCUCUUCUUCAGCAUAGCAAACCACACUCUCACCGUGGUAGAAGCUGAUGCUGUGUAUGUGAAGCCUUUCCAAACAGAUGUGCUGCUCAUAACUCCUGGUCAAACCACCAACGUCCUCCUCCAAGCCAAGCCAUACGGCCCCUGCACCACAUUCCUCAUGGCAGCUAGACCCUACGUGACAGGCCUGGGAACCUUUGACAAUUCCACCACAGUCGGCAUCCUUCAAUACAAGACUAAGCAAGGCCAAUCCAACAGUGCCCUCUUCAACAACCUCCCAAUCACAAUGCCUACUCUUCCUGCUCUUAAUGACACCACUUUUGCUGCAAAUUUCAGCAGUAAGUUCCGAAGCUUAGCAAAUUCUCGGUUCCCCGCGAACGUUCCCCGCAGUGUCGACAGACGCUUCUUCUUCACUGUGGGCCUUGGUAGCUCACCUUGUCCGAAAAACCAGACAUGUCAAGGACCAAAUGGGACUAAGUUUUCAGCUAGUGUGAAUAAUAUCUCGUUUGCUCUUCCUGCAACUGCACUGCUCCAAGCCCACUUCUCCAGCCAGUCUGCCGGAAUCUAUACAUAUGAUUUUCCUAGCAUGCCUCUCAUUCCUUUCAAUUAUACCGGGACUCCGCCUAACAAUACCAAGGUCAUCAAUGGCACCAAGGUGGCGGUACUGAGAUUCAACACCAGUGUUGAGUUGGUGAUGCAAGACACCAGCAUUCUCGGCGCAGAGGCUCAUCCCCUUCAUCUCCAUGGCUUCAAUUUCUUUGUGGUGGGACAAGGCUUUGGCAACUAUGAUCCGAUCAAAGAUCCGGCAAAUUUCAAUUUGGUUGAUCCUGUGGAGAGGAACACAGUCUCUGUUCCAAGUGGCGGUUGGGUUGCAAUCAGGUUUCUUGCAGAUAAUCCAGGAGUAUGGUUCAUGCAUUGUCACAUUGAGGUACAUCUGAGCUGGGGCUUGGAGAUGGCCUGGGUGGUGUUAGAUGGGCCUCUACCCAACCAAAAGCUCCUUCCUCCACCGUUGGAUCUGCCCAAGUGUUGAUCUGCCUGCCCAUUCUGUCCCUUCAUUUUCGUGUGGUCUUUCCUGCCAUUCCAUCUUGGUUGUUGUUGUAUUUUCAGUCUUGUUUGUUGCUGUAUUUUCAGUAUUCUUUCUUUGCAGAGAAUUUUCAUCAUUUUUUUCGGAUAAUUUGCCAGCCCCAAGUCAUAAGUCCAUAAUCUGGAUCUUGCAGUUUCACUAUCUUGAUAAAAGCUCGUAAGAGUUCAAUGCUUUGCUCAUUGUAUGCACCCUUGUUCUUGACAACGGAAUAUCAGCUGCCUUUUUUUUGCUUAAAA